CCGCCGCCAGUGUCCGCCCCGGAGUCACGGCGUCAUGAAGCUCCAGGCCUGCUGUUCGGUGGCGGUCGUCGUCGCGCUCCUCUCCCCCGUGCGGGGGCAGGGCGCCCAGGUGGAUGGCCUGCAGUUCUCGUUCGACGACGAAGCCCACUCGGCAGAGGACGACGUGCUGCUUCUGGAUGUCAAGGCCGACGACAGAUUCGAGUACAAGAUCGAGAAUGAUGACGGGACAUACCAGUACGGCUACCAAUCCGGCCGUCUGGGAGACGACGGCGGCUACAACUUCAAACACGAGUACAAGCGGGCGGACGGCGUGCUGUUCGGACAGCACGGAUAUGAACUGCCCAGCGGACUGAACCACACGGUCAACUACGUGGCGGACGGACGGGGGUACCGUGUGCUGGAGGACGGUCAGGAGUACGAGCCGGCGACGGUGCAGGAGGUGGAGCGGCAGCGGAGCCUACUCGGCGACCUCUCCGACGACUGGGAGGACCAGGAGCCCCUCCAGCUCGAUGUCAGUCUGCUGCAAAGAAUCGCAAAGCCGGACUCUGUGGAACUGGAGGCGGACCCGGCAGUGGCGCUGUCGUCUGUGCCGCUCCAGCCGUACUCACAGCUGGACCCAGAUACAGGCGCGUUCCGCUUCGGGUACCGGCAGCUGUCUGAGGACGGCGGCGUCACCUACCGGCACGAGGAGCGACGCGAUGACGGCGUGGUGUUCGGCCAGUACGGCCACCGGGCCGCCGGAGGGCCGUCCUCGCUCGUCUCGUACGUGUCCGACGCCUUCGGGUACCGGCUGGUCGACCCGGCCGCACCAGUGCCGGUCGUGUCGCGCGAGCAGGCGCUCCGCGAGCUGCCCCAGGUGGGGCAGGGCAUGGAGGCGGCGUUCGGGCCGGAGCCGGAGCGGACACCGGAGUCGGAGCCGGAGCCGCAGAUGAAGCCAGCACCGGAGGCGGCACCGGGGCUGGAGUCUCAGGCGGAGGAAGUUUCAGUGGCUGCGGCGGCAUCAGUGGCAGAAUCACAGGCUCAGGUGGACUCUGUCCCAGCACAGAAGCUCUCUACUCAGUCGACGUCACCGUCAGCAAGCAGCGGCACGGGCGAAACCGGCGGGCUGGCAGGUGGUGUUGGCAACGAGGCUUUCUCGACAAUAGAUGGCGCCACCAGCGGAGAGCUGUCCGCGGAGAUGAAGGCGGCGGCAGAGGUGGCGCUGCAGGCAGCUGUCGGGAUCAGCGGCGGGGCGGACUCAGUGGUGACGGAGGCUGACCCCUUCGCGCCACGGCCUGCUCCCUCCCUCAUACAGCUGCUGUCUCCGCAGUACUCGCACGGGGCACCCCUGCUCACAGCGUAUGUCCCGUACUACGCCCCGGGCGCUCCGUACCAUAAUCCGGUGGCGUACCAGUCCUCGGCCGUCCACCACUCCGGCCCGUACUUAGACCAGCAGUACCAGCUGUACCCGUACAGCUCGUGGUAUCCGCACACCGGGCUCGUCCCAGCCACCGACGGGUACCAGCCGUACCCGUAUGCCGACUCAAAAGGCUGGCGAGUACCACCAGUACCCGGCCUUCACGUACCCCGUGUACGCUGCCUGGUCAGGCUGACUCCUCAGGCUCAGACAAGGCGGAGACACCACACUCAUUCUAGACUCUCAAGGCCCAGACUCCCCUCACCCACUCCUCAAGGUUGUUACGAUCUCCGACGGUUCAGUCAGGCUGGUGGCGCCGCCUGCAGGCAUCAUUGUUAUUGCUUCAAAAUAGUGCACACAAAAUACCUAGCAAUAAAAAAAUAAACUCGCCGACGCCGCGCAAGGUUGCGACGCAUCUCAGCAGCUCAGGGCAUUAUGGUCGCGCGUGGGCGCUCUCGGGGGCCCUCGGGUCACGUGCGGCGGCGUGUCGCCCGCCCAGUCACGUGACGACACGAGAGCGGACGUACGUGAUGGCCGCCCCCAGGCGAUGGUUGGCAGGUGGGCGGAACCGAGCCGCACGCGCGCUGUGACGUCACCGGCGGCGUCAGAUCACCGAAGCGUCGGCAGGUGUCGGAGGGACGCGGGUGUCACGGGUUUAAACGCAGGGUCUCGGGAAGGCGUGUUGAUUGCUCUGCUUUGACCGUGUGUGCGCUUGCACGUGUUUGCAUGAAUACAGUUA